AUUUUCUCUAAAUCCCUCUUCUGUUUGCUAAACCUCACUGUCACUGCUAAAUUCGGAGCAGAUAGAGCCUGCGCAAUGGAAUAAAGUCCUCAAAAUUGAAAUGUGACAUUGCUCUAACAUCUCUCGUCUCUCUGGAUUUCUUUUUGCCUCAUUAUUCCUGCUCACCAAUUCAUUUCCAGACUUUGCACUUCAGAAGCGAUGGGAAAAGUCACCAGUCUUCCUCCUCAGUUACUUAAGUGCUGCUUCUGUGAUUUCUUGAAGAUAAAGAUGCACACCAUGUCGUCCUCCCAUCUCUUCUACCUGGCCCUCUGCUUGCUCACCUUCACCAGCUCUGCCACAGCUGGACCGGAGACCCUCUGCGGGGCCGAGCUGGUGGACGCUCUUCAGUUCGUGUGUGGACCAAGGGGCUUUUAUUUCAACAAGCCCACAGGCUACGGCUCCAGCAUUCGGAGGGCACCUCAGACAGGCAUCGUGGAUGAGUGCUGCUUCCGGAGCUGUGAUCUGAGAAGGCUGGAGAUGUACUGUGCUCCCCUCAAGCCUACGAAAUCAGCCCGCUCUAUCCGUGCCCAGCGCCACACUGACAUGCCCAAGACUCAGAAGUCCCAGCCCCUAUCCACGAACAAGAAAAUGAAGCCUCAAAGGAGAAGGAGAGGAAGUACAUUUGAAGAACGCAAGUAGAGGGAGUGCGGGGAACAAGAACUACAGGAUGUAGGAAGAGCCUCCCAAGAAGCAGAAAACGACAUGUCACCGGCAGGAUCCUUUGAUCUGCAUGAACCGCCUGCAAAACGUUGGAAAAAACCUACCAAACAAUAAUACGUUCAAUAACAUUUCAAAGAUGGGCAUUUCUCCCCCCCUCCCCCCAUGAAA